AUGUGGGCAAGGAGGUGUGGAGCAAAACCUCGAUGGCCUUCCAGAAUCAAGGUAGUUUUCUUCAGCUUUCUCUCUGGGACGCUUGGGCUCUCCGUGUACAUGUACAUGUCUGGAUUGAGCAACUCAUCCCUGGAUCUGUCGCGAUCGACGUCGGAGCAGCCGCUCUGCCUGACCUCUUGGCCCCAGCGCUAUGACCAGGUGUUCACGUCGACCAUCUGGAAUAGCGAUGAGGAUGAAGUGCUUUUCAAGGCUCCAGGUGCAGACGAGGAGUUCUUCGCAAAAUAUCGCUGUGAAGUUCCACUGCUGUCUGGGGCGAUGUGCAGGGACGUGAGCUUCCACACACAGGACCUCCAGCGACCGCUCGCACUAGCCAUGGGCGCAGCCGGUUUCGACUACGAUCUCAUGGGCGCAUGGGCGCUGUGGUGGCUUCUCCUUACCUUGGUGGCCUGGGUUGGGGUCACCAUCCAUGACUUGGCCCUCAUUGGGCAGUCACAGAAGGACUUCGUUCUUGACGUAGCCGGUGUCAACAAGCACUGCCCAUGCAUCCGGACAGUGUGGAAGUUCCUAGCUGGCUACAGGCCAUUAGUGCGUUUAGCAAAUGCCGAGCACUUCGGCACACGGUCGCUGGGAAUUGUGCUGGCAGUGCUUUUGGCCCCAGUUCUCCUGGCCUGGAACCUUGUUGUCUUGCUUUUCAUCAUCUGCCCGCUGAUCCUGCUGGCCUUCAUGCGAUAUCCGAUCCGGAUGAGCCGCGCGUGGGUCUUUAUCAUCUCUGUGGCCUGUGUCCUUUAUGGAUCUGCGCUCACAUUGCAGCAGCUAGCCUUCGUUGCACGCACCGACCUCCGGCCCAGAUACGCACUGACCUGGCAAGUCCAGGGACUUCAUGUGGCCUCUUCGCAGACGGGGCCUUGCACUUGCGGCUGCGACUACUCCAUGUCUCUGAACGUGUCGAUCAACUUGGCGGUGAUUGGCUUGGUGACAACCGUGUACCUGGUCCGCAAACAGACGCGAUGCGGAUAG